CGCUUCCGCUCGACAUGUCUAAAAUGUCAUCCUCAAAAUGAACUGCGGGGAGGUUCUGGGGGUGGCAAAUACCAUUAAAUGUUUGAAAUAAACCAGUAUUUAUAAAUAAAAAUAGUGUCACUUUGCGGUAACUCCACUUAAAAACCCAAAAACAAUGGCAGGUGAAGCUAGUCAUAAGAAAAAAGGUAAACUAUCCCGUCAAGAAUCAAACAGAUCAGGUAAAGGUUCAGAAGUUGAAGACAGGCCUACGGCCGGUGCCAGCAACACCCAAGACAAAACUAGCGGAGGACUUCGAGUUUAUAAAAUAGUCGUCUUGGGAGACGGAGGCGUGGGAAAAUCUGCUGUCACUCUCCAAUUCGUAAACCACAGUUUCUUGGACUAUCACGACCCGACCAUAGAGGAUUCGUACCAAAAGCAGGCGGUGAUCGAUGGCGAAGCGGCCCUUUUGGACAUUUUGGACACUGCCGGCCAGGUUGAGUUCACAGCAAUGCGUGACCAAUACAUGCGCUGUGGCGAGGGCUUCCUGAUUUGCUACAGCGUAACGGACAGACACAGCUUCCAAGAAGCGCUCGAAUACCGAAAACUCAUCCAGAAAGUGCGAGCUUCCGAAGACACACCUCUAGUUCUAGUCGGUAACAAAUUCGAUCUUCAAUUGCAGAGAAAAGUUACAACGGAGGAAGGUAGGACGUUGGCGCGACAAUUCGCUUGUCCGUUUUACGAAACUUCGGCGGCUUUGCGAACAUUUGUCGAUGAUGCGUUUCAUACGUUAGUUAGAGAGAUUAGAAAUAAGGAAAGAGAAAAACUUGGGUUGCCUGUUAACGAACGAAAACCGCACAGACACAGCAAAUGGUGGCGGUUGAGGAGUAUUUUCGCGCUAGUUUUUAAAAGAAAAAGACACACGAGCUACACUUCAUAACUUUGGUUAAGGUUUUUACUGUUUGGUUGACUGACACCUCAGACAAUCAUGUUUAUUUCUUAAUUUGGUUUAGAAACACUGAGGUGACCGAUUCUUGCUUCUUGUAUAGUUUAUUUCAAAUCAAAAAGAACUGAUUUUACAGAAUCACCACCACAAACAUUCCAGUCAUUUUAAAUUGCUUAGAAAUUGAAGUGUAAUCCAUUCAAAUUGUUUUUAAACUGUAGGCGGCUGUGGUUUGUUUUUUUAAGUUGGACAAACUUAUUUUUUUUGUCAGGGUUUUAAAAUUAGGACCACAUACCGGGUGACUAUUAAAGAUUGUGUCAGUAUAUUGAAAAUACUUGAGUUGUUGGCCUUUCUGCUAGUUUGUUGUAUGGAGCCAUUUCAUUCCAGCGCCACUGAGCUAUGUUGUAAACAGUAACCAUAAAUGGCGGAAAUGUUUAUUCAGAUAUUUUAAGCAUUGAACGAAUUUUGGGACUUCACAGUUAUUGCAUUGCCUGUAUGGAAUGACUAUUGCAUCUUUGGUAUCAGGAACGAAUGUUGACAAAUUAGAGAUUACGAGAAAAACACGAAUAACGAAUGACAUUUGUUCACUUACUUUAUUGUAAAAUUAGAAAGACAUUGAAAAGCCUGCCUUUUGGAACAAUUUAUGCUUAAAAAUUUUAGCAGUUGUUAAUUUUAAGUGCAGUUUUGUAGAUUUGCCGAUGUAUUACUUGAUUUUUUCAGUGGAAAAAUUAUAACUAAAUUCACACACUUCACUGAUUUAUUGUUUUUUUAAUCUUUGAUUAUGCAAUUGUUUUAAUAACACCUUGUAAUCAAAAAUUAAAUCUUCUUCACUUUUUUUUAUCCACUUUCGAAUUCCAACAAAAAACAUUUUAUAACCAAAGAACCGUAUGACCAAAGAAAAAGCUAGUAUUUACCACCACAUACUUUUAAAGUGACUCUCUAAUGUAAGAAAUUAACGAGAUACACGCAAAAUUGGUAAACAAUUCAAUAAUUUUUUUUACUGUUUUCCACAUAAUACGAAAUGUCACCAGAGGGCGUUUAAUUAAAUUUACUCAUAAAUUGAGUGUCAUAUUAAAAUUACAAAAUUUUUACCAACCUAACAACAAAAGUCAGUUUUUAAAGAUCAUCCGAUAUUUUCCAUAUACAGGGUGACCCAGGGGUGUGUAAUCGGUUUAUAAUUUGUUUGCUAUUUGAAAUAUUGCGAUGCCGUUCUCAUAAUCCGAUAGAUGAGUUAAUUAACUUUUUGCGUUUUGGCUCACCCUGGACAUUAUUUAAAGUUUCUUAUAAGAAAAGAAUUCUGUUUAAUUACACUGGAUCCCAAUGACAAAAAUACCUAGAAAACCCACCAAUUAAAUAGAAAAAUAAUUAUGAAUCUUCAGUUUUUGCUAAAAGUUGUAAAAGAAAUAACACAUAAUAUUCUCAUAAAUGGUUGAUGCUGUUUUACUACAUUCUCAUUACGUAAUUACUGUUUUGAGAAAUUUCGUCCAAAAUAAGCUGAAAAAUCGUUAAUACAAUGGAAAGUGCUGUUAUUUUUGCCUCUUUCGAGUGCUCAAACAUUUCUAAAAUCUUCAGUUUCUCAAAAUUGCGUAAACCAUAAAAAUUAGAUAAAAACUUUUCAUUGAUUUGUUCUCUCUCUCUUCCAGCAUUUUAUCAUAUUUUUCAUACAGAAAUUAUGAUUUUGAGGAAUUUUAUCAGAAAUAAACCGAAAAAUUACUGCAUUAAAUAAAAAAUUGACCUGUUUUUGAGGACUCAAAGUUGAAAUUAUACCAUUUUCUACCUGAAACUUGAUGAAAUCUAAUCAUUUUUUCGCCAAAUUUAGUUAGAAUGAUUACUUAUUCGAGCUUUUAAGCACUUUUUGAGUUUUAAACUCUCAAAAUCGCAGUGUUGGGCCAACAGUCAAAUUAAGUCAAAUUUGCCUUUUUUCAACGUUUGAGCAUGUUUUUAGUUCAAAAAUAAGCUGAUAGAUUAUUUGCAUAUAGAGUGGAAAAUGUAGCCGAAUCUUAUUUGAAGGGAUUGCAGGUAAUUUCUAAUUAUAAUAAAAUACACGUUUACUAUCAUUUCUGUCUUUCAUCAUGCUUUGGUUUACAAUAUUUUGGAGAAGCUAGAAUGACUGGUCUGUUUACAUUUAAAAUAAGUGCAAUAAUUAUUAUUGUUUGUUAGUAAAAAUGUAAAUAAAAUAAAAUUUGUUUGAUGUUCCUAAACUGUAAGAAAUCGUGAGCUGUAACAACGAAGCAAGAAAAACACAUAAAAAGCUGAAUAAAUUCAUGGCGUUUUAACGCGCACAAUUCUGUAAAACAUUAUUAAACAUACAGCAUAAAAAAUUAUUCAAAAAUAUUUAUUUAUAAACGCGUGAAUGUAGAAUUGCAACGAUUUGUUUUAUUCAGCAAACGCAUGACUCUAAUCGAAGAAAAACAAAAGUAUUUUAAAGUUACCUGAAUCUGUUUCAUACACGUAAUUAACUGAAAUAACACAUCAAGAUUCAGUAUUUAAAAAUGAACAUUUAUAAAAGACAAUAAACCUUACAUUUUGAUCAGUAUAAGGUGGAUUUACAAAUAUUUACUCCAGAAAACUUGUUUUUUUAUUUAAAGUCUACAAGUACUUUUUAUUUCACAGAUAAAUGUUUGUGAAUCUGGUUAUAUUGACGCUCCAACCACCUACUUAACUCUAAAAAUAGAUCGGAUUAUCGUUUAAUAAUAGGUACUAAUUGCUUAAUCACUAGUUUAUGAUUAAUUACUGCCAUUGUUGGGCACGUUCCAAUCCAAUUGAAUUUUGAGCAAAGCGCCUAAAGUUGUGAACCACAAAAGCAGCUCAUAACUCAUAAAUGUUGGAAAAAAUCCGUUUACAUGUUGUAUAAAUAAAAAAGAUAUAUUUUGUUGUGGUCUGUGUAUUUUAUCAUUCGUGACUAGUAACCCAAGUCUUUCGCAUUGAAAUUGUACUGCAUGUAUAUACUAUAAUAUUUUAGGUAUAAAUGUCUUGAUUCGAUAAUCGAACAUCAUAGGACACAGCCAAGACCAAUCAUUGCAUUUAACGUAGUUAAGGAUUUGUUUGUUGUUGAUAUUUUUAUAUUUUAUUUCAUUGUGCCACAAUGAGGCUAACAAUUAUAAUCGUUAAGUAUCUUCCUGUUCCCAGCGCUGAAAAUUCUAUAACCGUUAUGUUUACGAAAUUUAUAGCUGUUGCACUUGUCUCAUGCUCAUCUAAAAAUUCAUUGUGGAAUAGUAGAGGAAAACAGGGUAGAAUCAAAUACUGGCCGUUGACCUCUUCCUUUCUCCUGCAUCCAAGCCACAGCCUCCUUGACACGAGUU